AAUGAGUUGGAGUUGUGUUCAGGGAAUCAAUGCUCGGCACAUAUUCGCCUUGCUGUGGUUUCAUUUGAUUAAUCAAUCAAGACGGAUCUUUGCGACAUACAUCUUUCCUGGCUUGAUCGCCGGCAUUGGAUUCCUCAUUUUGAUACCAUACUUCAAAGGCAGCGAUGUCCUGUUAUUCUCAUUAGACAAUGAUCAUUCCUUUUCACUAACGUGUAGUGAUUCCUACAAAUUGCGCGGCGGCAAACUCGAAAAUCAUCUGUUAUGGCUGGAGAUUGACGACUAUUCCUACAGUGAUUUUGAAAUCAGCACGACUGGUGCCCAGAAUCAACUUUCUCACUAUUUGUGGAGUAGCCUUUCUCAUUUAUGCUAUACAAUGGACAGAACGGUUACUGUUGAACCAUCUCCAUUCAUCAAUGUGCAGAAAGAUCGAAACGUGUUCACUGUAAUAGACACAUUCAGUAUCUGCGUUGUGUUAUUCUACUGUGUUGUUCUUUCGGAACUUUACCAGGACAAGCGAAUCAGAACUGAGCUACUUUUAUGGUCAUUGGGCGUGUCUCCAACUGAACAAAUGAUCGCAUGGUACAUAUCCCAGAUCCUGCAGGCCAUGGUAUGGUCAAUGAUUAGUAUGGUCCAACUGGUGCCAUUCAUUUUCACCAUGGCCACCAAUAUAGUUUUUCUCUGGUUUUGCAUGACUCUUGUGUUCUUCGGUGCGGCUAUUUUGGCUUUGUUCUCGGCCAAGUUUGUAAGAGGCACUAUGUCUUACCUCUUUGCCAUUUUCCAAAUGAUGAUUAUCUGGCUGUUCUCUUAUAUCUGGACUCAGACUGGUCUGCCGCUGCCGACUUCGCAAGUUGUGAGAAAUCUUCUUCUGCUGCACCCAAUAACACAAGCCCUCAAUUGGUUCAAACUCGCUCAGAGCGCCGAGUUCUCAAGAGAAGGUCUCUCCCUGUCUACUCUAACCAGUACUUUCAACAUGAAACAGCAUGAUUUCUUUGGAACGGGGCUGGAAACAUUGUUGCUCAUUUUGACAGUAGCAAUUGUCUGCUCAAUUCUCUUCUUGGUUAACUUCAAGUACUUUUUGGACUUGAUUCGGAAUGCAUUGAAUUUAGACACGCUUCUUCUCGGACUAAAGCAGAAGCCACAUGCAAAUGAACAUCUGGAGAGGUUUUACGAACGCUAUGAAAUGUCUACCAGUAAACCUCCUAUUGUAGAAGUGAAAAAUCUUUCCAUGAGUUAUCCCAACGGUUUCCAGGCACUUACUGAUGUUUCCUUUUCAAUUAACCCCGGAGAAAUUUUGGGACUCCUAGGCAAAAAUGGAGCGGGAAAAUCUACCACGAUGAACAUCAUAUCGGGGUUCUAUGAGGCAAGUGAAGGAUUUGUUAAAGUUGGAGGAAUUGAUUUAAGCUGCGAUAGAAUUGCAGCUUUGAAUAAUCUAUCGUUCUGUCCUCAAGAUGAUCGCUUUUUCUAUAGACUCACGGUGACUGAGCAUUUAAAGCUGGUUUGUCGGUUGAAAAACGCUAAGUAUAAUUCGGAACGUGCUGACUGGCUUCUAAAAUUUCUGCAAUUGACGGAAAAAAGGGAUACAAAACCAAGGAACGUUUCUGGCGGUCAGAAAAGACGAGUGUGCAUAGCGAUGGCUUACAUAGCUAAUUCGCCGCUGGUUAUUUUAGACGAACCGACUUCGGCUGUAGACGCUGCCACUCGCAAGACGCUUUGGAGUUUUUUCCAGGCGCAGCAAAAAGCGAAUCCACAGCAAUCAGUGAUUCUAUGCACGCAUUUCAUGCAAGAAGCAGACGUGCUAUCGCAACGCAUCGCAAUCAUUUCUGAAGGUCAACUGAAAGCAAUCGGAUCGUCCACUUACCUCAAGUCUCUUUUCGGAGUUGGUUACACGUUCACAUAUGAGAAGGCUUACGAUCAAAAAGUUAGAGCGGUAGUCUCCGAGAAUUGUGCAGAAGUUAAGUUUCCCAGUAGCGAAGAAAAUGGAACUUUCCAGGUUCCAAUGGAAUUGGCAAGUUUUCUUCCGGCUAUUCUGAAACAACUGGAUACAGCCGGACUUGGAUACAGUUUCAACGCGGCAACGCUUGAAAACGUAUUCGUUUCUCUGUCGACUAAAACAACACAAAGUAAUUGUGAUAGUAAGGCAGAUGCAGAAAAUGCUGUUCUAGAUACGGAUUUUGACGAAGGUCUUCUUGACUUAGCCGACAACACUUCCAGUUUAAAUUUCGAAAAUAACCCUUCACAUAUUUGGUUUCUCAACCAGCUCAAGUUCUCGUUCUAUGUCGACUUCCUGCGCAUUUUUGUGGAAAAUUGGAUAUUUUUUGUCGUUUAUACGAUCUUUUUCUUCGCCUUUCCUCAGGUCGUCAUGCUGCUGUGCAAUCUGGAUGAUAGUUUGUUCACCAGUGAAAAUAUUAUCCAAAAUGGAAAUAUCACUGUGACACCAGCUACCAUAAGCAAAAACCCAAAAGUUGCCAUUUUUGGACAAACAUUUGAGCCGGAAUUGUCCAACAUUACAAACAUACUCUCUAAAAAUGGAGUAACAACGGUUACGAAUAAAAGUUUGGACACAAUUCUGGAUGAGUAUUUGGAUAAACCUGGUGAAAUCUUCAAUACGUACCCUUUUUUCCUGAACUUUACCGAUGGCGGCGAAGUCCAAUGUGCGCCGAAUAAUCAUUUUCAAAGUAGCUCAAUUUUGUGUGUUUUGCUACUGAUGAACUUGUAUAUAAAACCAGCAUUCCUAUCUGAGUUACCGGUUAAUGUUAGUGUUGUUUAUUUUGAGGAGGAGGUUUCUGAUGAUGAUGAUGGCUCAAGUUAUUUAUAUGCUGAUUAUGAAGAGCAUAAGAGUGAAAGGCAGGACCAGUGCAAAGGCACUAUUUUCUACUUUUUGGAGCCGAUCAUCUACUUUUGUCUGCUAUUUUUCAUUUUGAGAGUUGAAGCGAGUCGAAACGAAGUUGGACUCUCGUCAUUUUACCGAGCAAAUGGCGCUCACCCCUUGUUCGCCUUUACCUAUAGAUUGAUCACCUUAUUUUUCAUCAUUUUUGCUUACUUCUUUGCAAUUGUGAUUUUAACAGAACAAGUGCCGUAUGUUGCACAAUUAGGCGCAGAAGAAAAGAUACCAUCGUACAAGCUGUUAGAUGCAAUAGCUCUUUUCUCAUUCGCUUUUGCAUGUUUUGCCAUCCUAGUAACCAAGUUCCUGAAAUCUGUGAUCGUGCAGCUAUUAAUUACUUUCGUUUCGGGCGUCAUAUAUUUUGCUGUAUUUUCCAUGGGGGAUGCAAAAAAAGGUUUGCUCCAGGUUUCAAAUCUGUUUUGGAUUCUAGUUGCACCACUUUACAGUGUUCCAAUAAAUACUAUUCCUAUUCUACUGAAUAGUGAACAAAAAACGGAAAAAGUUGCCAUUCACAGUUGGGCUAUACAAUUGAGCAUAUUUUUUGUUCUUAUUUUUAUGAUUGAGUCAAUGGCAGGUAGAAUUGUUAUAAACGCGAUAUCUGCGUUAUUCUCCGGAAUAGACGAUAAAUGUGAUGAAAAUGAAUCUCAAGUAGAAGGUUCCGAGAGCUCUCAGCUUGCGAUACACGGACGGAAGGUGUAUCAUACUUACAGACAACUUAGUGUUGGAGUGUGUUCUUGCUGUAAAGGUGACGGUUGUGCCCUGAUGAAAAGAACCCGAGCGCUUCGAGGGAUGCGUUUGAAUGUUAAGAAAGGCGAAUGCUACGCGCUGCUAGGAGUGAACGGUGCUGGAAAAAGUACAUUAUUUGAAAUCCUUACUGGAGGCAAUAGGCUACAGAAAGGCUCUGUUUCUAUAUCCGGAAAAUCAGUUGCUAUGAACCCACUUGCGGUUCUAAAAGACAUCGGUUAUUGUUCGCAGAUGGACAAGGUUCCUAAGUAUCUCAAAGUUUCAAAAAUCAUUGAGCUGUUCGGCCAAAUGCGAGGUCUAUCAAAAGAACAGAUCCAGCAACAGAUGGAUUAUAUGGUACGUGUGUUAGAUGUUAGUGCGCAUAUGAGCAAACUGCUUGGAAGGUGUAGCGGUGGGACGAAGAGGAAAGUGUCGACAAUGGUCGCUUUCAUCGGAUUUCCGAAACUCAUCAUUUUGGACGAAAGCACGACAGGUGUUGAUCCGGUGACAAGGCUGAACUUUGCCAAGCUGAUCAGAAAAGCUAAGAGCCAGGGAUCUACAGUUGUCAUCAGUUCACAUACAAUGGAAGAAUGUGAGGCAUCGGCUGACACAAUCUGCAUAAUGAAUGCAGGCACUCAAUUCUGUGAAGAUUCGCCUCUAAAUCUGAAGGCGCAACAUGGCAAAUUCUACACAGUUACAGUGAAGGUCCUGGACAAGACUGCCCAAGCUGCAGAAAAUGGUGGAACAGCCGACGCCAAUUUAAUUGCUGACCAAGCCGACUCGACAAAUAAUGAAGUUCAUGUAGACGAAAAUGAUUUCAACCGACUUUUCCCCCAUUCUCAACUGCAAUACACCUUUUCAGCCGGAUUGCACAAACACAUGUUUUUCAACAUACCAAAAGAGUCUGUUCAGCUAAGUGAGCUCUUCGCCCAAUUGGAUGGUUUGAAAAAGGAGAAUAAGCUGGCAGAGUGUAUCGUAAACACAGCUUCUCUGGAGCAAAUAUUUAUGCAGAUUGCCCUUCAAGCCGAAUACAGUAUCAAAGCCGAUACACCCUUUUCCAUGCCGCAAGUUGUCUAAAACUGGAAAAAAACUCAAAUUCGUGAAUAAAUAUAAACCUGUUCAAGUUGAACUUGAGCAUUUAUUUUUAUACUUGAGCUUUUUGUCAUCUAUUUUGGUUGCAGUUAUCCAAUUCGAAUUGACUCUUUCACUCUUAGGCUUUGGAAUAUGACUUAGUUUGAGCUAAAUGAUAUCAUUAAAAGCAUCUGUAAGUUUGAAGCUGUACCUUCUUUAUUUCUCUUUAUUCAACUCGGAUGAAUAACAUUGUUUGUAUUGAUUUGGUUAAUUUCAUUUUUGUUUUGUGAAAUAUAAUAGGCCCAAUGUCAUAAAAAACCAUUUGAGGCUGAUAUUUCUGGUAAAUAAUUGUUAUAAUUAUUUAAUUGAAUCACGUCUUUUGCUAGCAUUUUAUACCAUUGUAUACCAUUUUCUCUACAUAUUGACUUCGAUUUUGUGAGAAAGGCAUUUAGCCAAUAGAAACGCUUAGCGAUUUUGAUUGGUUCAAAUUUUUCAAGCAUUCGGUCUCAAGCACGAGAACCCCCCCCCCC